GAACAAACGCUGAAAGAUUUUUUUGAGAGACCUAGCUAUAGAAUUUCUGUUAGCGUGCACACCGUCUUAUCCAGUCCCCUUCAUGCAUGUCGCCCCCAUCGUUUGAGUUCGAUUUCAACAGUGCUCCUGGAGGAGGAUUCCGAGGAAGGUCAUUCUUUAGCACGGGGCUGUUUAUCAACAAUGAGUUCGUUGAUGCGGUCGAUGGUAACAGAAUUGGUAUUGUUAACCCUACAAGUGGGAAAACGAUAGGAAUUGUGGCUGCAGCGACAGAAAAGGAUGUUGACAUUGCAGUGCGAGCCGCGCGGGAGGCUUUUGAGCAAAGAUGGGGAAUGAAGGCACCUCCCACGGAACGUAGACGACUAUUAAACCGUUUGGCGGACUUAGUUGCGGAAAAUGCGGAUGAGCUUUCAGCACUUGAGGCGCUGGAGAACGGGAAGGCAUUGAUUGCGGCCAAGAUGAUGGAUGUGGAAGGGACCAUCGGUAUCCUGAGGUACUUUGCUGGAUGGGCCGAUAAGAUUCAGGGAAAGACAAUCGAAGUCAACGACUCCAAACUUGCGUACACACGCCACGAACCCAUCGGCGUAGUUGGUCAAAUUAUCCCCUGGAAUCUUCCCCUUGGCAUGUUCACCGUGAAAAUUGCGCCUGCCCUAGCCACAGGAAACACCGUUGUGAUCAAGCCUUCGGAAUGGACGCCCCUCACUGCGAUCCGCAUGUGUGAACUGAUCAAGGAAGCAGGGUUUCCCAAGGGUGUGAUUAAUGUUGUUACUGGAUAUGGGGACACAGCUGGCGCAGCGAUCGCUAGCCAUAUGGAUAUUGACAAGGUCGCGUUCACUGGAAGCAGUCUGGUUGGGAGGCACGUCAUGAAAGCUGCCGCUGCUUCCAACUUGAAGAGAGUCACCCUCGAGCUGGGCGGAAAAUCACCCAACAUUAUUUUUCAGGAUGCCGACCUGGACAGGGCGGUUUCAUGGGCGGCCUUUGGUGCCUUAGCCAACCAGGGCCAACUAUGCAUAGCCGGUUCGCGUGUCUUUGUACACGAGGACAUCUACGACAAGUUCUUGGCAGCGUUCACUGAAAAGAUGAAGUCUGUGAGAAUUGGCGAUCCUUUUCUUCCAGAUACAUUCCAGGGGCCUCAAGUGACCGAGACCCAUUUCAAUCGAAUCAUGAAUUAUAUCGAGAUUGGGAAGAGGGAAGGCGCCACAGUACAUUUGGGGGGAGAACGUUAUGGAGCCGAGGGACUUUACAUUCAGCCGACUAUCUUCACCGACGUAAAAGCCGAUAUGACGAUAAUGAAAGAAGAGAUAUUUGGUCCAGUGGUGGUUAUUGCCAAGUUUUCAAGUGACGAAGAAGCGGUGAGGAUGGCAAAUGAUACCGUCUACGGCCUCGCUGCAGGACUCUUCACCUGCGAUGUGUCGCGCGCGAUCAGCGUGGCGAAUCAACUGAAAGCAGGUACCGUGUGGAUAAACUGCUAUGGUGCCAGUUCCCUAAAUGCCCCCUUUGGAGGGUAUAAACAGAGCGGAAUCGGCCGUGAACUUGGCGAAUAUGCUCUGGAGCAUUAUACUGCAGUGAAGGCGGUGCACAUCAACAUGUCAGCUUCCCCUCCGAUUUAACAGAUCUGUGGUAUUCUUUUGGGUGAUUGUACUUUUAGAGUUAUCAGAGUCGAUCUAUAGUGAAGUCAAUGGUCGCGAACCUGGCUCUAUGUUACCUGGAAGAUCCUGAGAUGGAACAGCUGGGGAGCCGACACGCAGACUCUCUCCGUGUGAUAAUUGUUGGAUGGAACGUGCUACCGGUUACGUGGAGUGAAUUAACAGAAC